UUGAGACUUUGAAGUGUAGCCAAAAGAAUCAGCUAACUAAACGCGUGGAUCAAUAUUGAUGGAGUUCAGAAAAGCAGUGCAAAAAUGGGAGUUUUGUUGCUCACAGACAACUGUUGUUUCAUGGAUUUUCUGGUUAAUGACACUAUGUCAUCUCUUUACUAGUUCCAAGGGGACAGCGGCAGAGCACGAAAGAAGAGCUCUUUUUCAACUUAGGGAUUCUCUGAAUCACCCAAAUGGCUCUGCACUUGUAAAUGAAUGGGUUGGAGAUGAUUAUUGUGCUUGGGGUGGCAUUUUCUGUGCUAGGUACUUAGAUGGAGACCUUCGUGUUCUUGAUAUUUUCCUAACAAGUAAAAGGCAACUUGGACUCGGAGUUUGGUAUCCCAAUGCCAGUCUGUUAUCUCAUUUUAAGGGUCUUCAGUCUCUUGACCUAUCUGGGAAUUACUUUGGCAGUUGGGUCAUGCCAGAAGGCAAGAAUUUGUUUCAUAGUUUUGGCACUUGCAGCACUAUGCAGGUUGGAUAACCUUAAAGUGCUGGACCUGAGUUCAAAUGCUGUGGAUGGUGAUAUAUUACCUCACUUUAAGACAUGCAGUCUUUCUUCUUUGGAGGAACUGCGCCUGUCAAGCAUUUAUCCCAAAUUCGUUCCAGUUUUAACAGCUUUCUGUCAACUCAAGAAUCUUCGGUCACUGGAUCUAAGUAACAAUAACAUCAAUGAUGAAAAUGCUCCAACAUGCCUGUUGAAAAACCUUUCCUCGCUUGAGAUACUUGACUUAUCAGGAAAUCGUCUAUUGAACUCUCCCCGUAUAUUAACAGCUCUAUGCAGUCUGAGGAACCUCAGAAGACUGGACUUGAGUGAACUUUCUGGAUGAUAUUAGCAUACCACCUUGCCUAUUCGACAACAGCUCAUCAUUGGAAAGUCUGGACAUUUCUCUGAAUUAUAUCAAGAACCCCUCAAAACUCUUUUCAGGAAUUUGCAAACUCCAGAAGUUGCAGAUGUUGAACCUAAAAGGAAACCUGAUUCAAGGAGGAAUAGAUCCGUGCCUAAGUGAAAUGACAUCCUUGAUUUCUUUAGAUCUAUCCUUCAACCAUUGUCAAGGAAAUUUCCCUUCUAAUACAUUUAGAAACUUGACUUCGCUCCAAACCUUGCUUAUCUCAGAUAACAAGUUCGGUGGAAUUCUUUCUUUUGCAAUGUUUGCUAAUUUCUCAAAUCUCCAAGACAUUGAUCUGUCAAACAAUAUGUUUGAGGUGAAUACUGAAACUCCACGCUGGUAUCCUUCAUUCCAGCUUGUAUCUCUCAAUUUGAGAAAUUGUGGUGUAAACAAUUACCAUGGUCGGGUGGUUCCAAGCUUCAUUUCUAGUCAAAAAAAUUUUAAAGUCGUUUCUUUGGCCUAUAAUGCCCUGCAAGGAGCACUUCCCUCCUGGCUAAUAUAUAAUACAACACUUGAUCUACUGUCUUUGAGAGGGAACUCUUUUAGUGGAGGUUUCCCCUUGUCUUCCAGGUUAGCAACCUCAAUGCUCAUAAUGCUAGAUAUAUCUGAUAAUCGACUUUAUGGGCAGCUUCCUGCUACCAUUCACCAACUGUUCCCAGACUUGAAUUACUUAAACACAUCUUUUAAUCUUUUCAAAGGAGACAUCCCUUCUUCCUAUGGAAAUCUAACAAAAUUGGAGGUGUUAGAUCUAUCUAACAAUUUCUUUCAAGGCAUAAUCCCUGCGUCUUUAAGGCAGAAUCACACUUCACUAGCACAGCUAGUUCUAUCAGGCAACCAUUUUCACGGGCGGACCAUGCCUUUAUUUUCAAAUAUGUCAAAUCUUGCUUACUUGCAUCUCCAAAAUCUUGGCUUCAGUGGGUCCAUCACUCAUAGUUUAAUGAAUCUUCCCAUUCUAAAGGUUCUAGAUAUAAGUCGGAAUAAUCUAUCUGGCAAUAUCCCUAACUGGUUUCACACAUUUCCAAACCUUGCCAUAAUUCUAUUUUCCAGGAAUAAGUUUCAUGGAAUCAUCCCCAUAUCAUUAUGUCAGAUGCAAACAUUGCAUGUCUUGGAUUUUGCUUCAAAUUCUUUAUCUGGGGUUAUUCCUUCAUGUCUCAGUAACAUAACAUCAUGGAAGAAAGAAUCCGAACUUCUACUUCCUUCUUUUAUGUGGUUAUCACCUACAUAUGCCAAUUACAGAGUCAAAGUUCCCUUGACAGCAAAGGGCAACAGACUACUUUAUGAAGGCACUCCUCUUUCUUUAAUGACUGGCAUUGACCUAUCCAUGAAUAAGUUAACAGGUGAGAUUCCCACACAAUUAGGAGAACUUGCUGCACUUCAUUCACUGAACCUUUCUUUCAACAUUCUAGCAGGCCACAUUCCCAAGUCCUUUAGUACCAUGGAAGAAAUAGAAAGUCUUGAUCUUUCUCACAAUAAUCUAGUCGGAACCAUUCCACAUGACAUAGUCCAACUCCAUUUCAUUUCAACCUUUAAUGUCUCCUUUAAUAACCUCACUGGAAGCAUCCCUUUUGAGAACAACUUCCAAACUUUCGACGAGUCAAGCUUCAUAGGCAAUGGGGAACUUUGUGGCCCACCACUUCACACAAAUUGUACUUCCAACAAGAACAGCAACAAGCCUCCUGAAGAACAACAACAUGAAGAGGAGGGUGACAGAACAGGGCUUGCGGAGAGUGACUUCUUUUUCUACUCAUGUAUUGCUGUUUCCUAUGUUCUGGGAUUUUGGUGUGUGAUUCUUCCUCUGAUGCUAAGUGAAAACUGGCGCAGGAAGCAUUAUGCUGUAGUGGAUAUUUGCAUUAACAUAUGCUGCAACAAGUUGUCUAGUUUUUUUCCUAAGUCGGGAUAAAGAUUGUUGUUCAAUAAUUCAUUAACCAGAAUUCUAAAUCAACUUGUAAUAGUAUACUGUUUGAAUUGGAGCUAUGUCAGCUAGUAUCUAAUCAU